AAUUUUGUUUACCGCUUCGGUGCGAUUGUCAAAAAAAGAAGUGAAAGAUUCGCAAAUUUACAGCAACUUUCGUUUACAACUUUGGUUUGAAUAUAAAUUCAUUUGGCCAUGGUCGAACGCAUUGAAGAUUUGAAUUUACCAAACGCCGUAGUGGGACGCUUAAUCAAAGAUGCUUUGCCCGAAGGCGCGAAUGUGAGCAAGGAAGCGCGUGCUGCCAUUGCACGGGCGGCUUCUGUCUUUGUGAUCUUUCUGACAUCCUCAUCAACAACGCUGGCGCGAAAACAGAACCACAAAACUAUCACAGCAGCAAAUAUAUUGGACGCUUUAAAACAAUUGGAAUUUGAAAGCUUCGUAGAGCCAUUGUCGACCGAUUUGGAGGCUUACCGCAAGGCCGUCAAGGAUAAAAAGGAUAAAGCAAAAUCAAGCAGCGCUACAGCUGCCGCCAACAAUAGUAGUGCAAACGAUGAAGAAAUGGAGACUGAGAAGACGUCGUAGGUGUUGAAAAUCACACAUGUUAUUUAUAAUUGUAUAUGUUUUUUGACCAAAUAAAUAUACGAACAUUUUUCAAA